UAUAUAAUUUAUUGAAUCUUCAUGUUUUGGUAUUUAUAUAUUUAAUUUUUUAUCCUAGAAAUAUAAUUUUACAACAUUCAGUUGAAUUUAUUAAAUAUAUUUUUGCACCAAUAUUUAUUAUUAUGGACAACUACAUGAAUGUAAUGAUUAGACAGCAUUUUUCUUCAAAGCGAGGAUUUUUAGUCAAGGGUCUUUUUCUCAUUGCAUUGGCGUUUAGUAGCUCUAAAAGGGCACUAGCUAGUCCUAUUAGAGACAACAGCCCAAUUCUCGGCUUUGCAGACCAGGUACGACUAAGACAUCUUUAUGCAGAUAAUGAGCACACACAUCUACAUCUUCAGAUCACCCCUGAAGGAAAAGUGAGUGGCACCAAGGAGAAGAACUUAUACAGUCUGCUGGAAAUAAAAGCAGUAAAACCAAGCAUUUUGGUGAUUAAAGGAGUGAAAACUACUCGUUAUCUUUGCAUGGAUUCCAGGCAUCACUUGUAUGGAUCUCUGUUUUAUAAAGAAGAUGAUUGCAAUUUCCGUGAAGUUCCACAAGCAGAUGGAUACAACUUGUAUUAUUCAGAAAAGCAUCCAGCUCAGCUCACCCUUACUCCAUCCAGAGGAGGACACCAAUUUGGCAAACAGCUGGUCCGUUUCAUGCCACUUGAAAGCUCUAUUCCCCUGGAAUCCUUAUAUGCAAUAGAUAAUUCUUAUGAUUACCAGCCUGGGAGCAACUUACACAUAGAAGAUCCUUUAGGCAUGAUAGACAGGUCCAGCAUCUUCAGUCCAAGCCUGGAUUCCUAG